AUGGCGUCUGAUUACUCACCCUAUACUCAAAGCCUGCUUCCAAGCCACAGGCCCCAUCAAGGUACUGCCACAGAUUCCCUGCAACGCCUCGAAGAAAUCUUCCUACGAUUCUGGGAGAAACGUUAUCAGCGUAAACAGGCAGCCCGGAACGAGCAGCAAAACAAGCCAAACACCG